ACUUACAAAACAAUGCUUAUGCACAUCCUGUCAAAGUGUUACCAAAAUAUGACUACUACUUAUAUUUUGGAAAUGGUUACUUGUUGCCAGAUGAGUAGAUUUUUCUCUCUCCCUCUUUCUUACAGCAGUGCACGUUUUGGAAACUGGCACAAAAAUAAGUCUCCAACAGAAUAUCGCUGUGGUCCUCGCUUGAUUGUUUUUGUGGUUGGAGGGGUGUCACACUCAGAGAUGCGUUCUGCUUAUGAAGUCACUCGAAGCACUGAUGGAAAAUGGGAAGUGCUUAUUGGAUCAUCUCACAUCUUGACUCCAACCACCUUCCUUAAUGACUUGAAGGGUCUGGAAUAAAUUUCCAAUUUAUAUCUUAGUCCCUAAGUAGGUAAAAGCACAAGGAAUAAAGGAAAAGUUUUUCAUUUGACUGGUUUCUGGUAUGCUGUUUUUUUUUAAUGUAUUAACUUAAUUUGAAUAUGAAGAGAACCUAUAGAUGUAACUGUGGAAGGAAAUGGCCUAUUCUAUAAUUCACUCUUAUUUUAUUGUGGAUGUAGUUUUACCAGGAUUAGAUGCUUAUGUUCUAGCGACUAGAUAUGUAAUAAAUAUUUAUAUAGAUGCAUGUAUUUUGAUUAACCUAUUACCAACCAAAAAUCCUGUUUGAUUUGCCAAGAUGGUUACUUGUAUAUCACAUGAUGCAAUUAGUGAAAUUGUGACUUACUGAGAUGACAGUUAAAGUAAAAGAUUGAAGGCUGCUAGGUUUUUUUUUUCAUAUGUAGGUAAUUGUAUCUUAGAAUCUCAACUGCUGUAAUGAAAUAUUUUUGAAGUAUUGCAUGACUAAUUUAAUAUAUUGCUGGGUGUUUUCUGUCUCUAUUCAAUAAAAAUAAAACCUUCAGAUGUUUGUUUUUCCUUUAGUUCCUGGACAUUUACGAUGAUCUGAAGUUAGCCAAAAUCCUUUGAGUAAUAUUUUCAGUUUUUGACCAUGUGAGUAAAAGUAAUAUAAUUUCUAUAUUUAAUAGCUUGUUCAAUACUUUCUGUUUUCAUAACAUAGUCUAUUGACAUCUGCUUGGAAUUUGGGAAAUAAAACCUGCAAAAAUGGACAGAAGGACAAAAGGUAUUUUGUACACUUCACAUGUCAGUUUUAUUGGUCUGACAGGCCAGUAUCAUAAUACUGAUUUUAAUUGCUUCCACUGGAGCAAACAUCAAGUUUAAGUAAAGUGGUGGGUCAAAAUGAAGAACGUGUACAUCGCUCAUGAAAAGAGAUCAUCCUUCUCUAUGGUCAGGAUUAUGUUUUUAUCCAGGAUUAUAAAUGGUGAUAUUAAGAAGGGAGGGCUAGCUUGUCUCUUAAUGACUGGUUAAUACUCAGGACUCAGAACCACUUUACUGUGUCAUGUUCAGCAAGCAUUUAGAGGAGCAUCGGUUGGAAUCUUUUUUUGAAUAGCAGUUUGUUAUACAUAUAGUUUAUUGCAAUCACAUUUUUACCUCCUUUUAAUUUUUACAAGAUGACAUCUGCUGGAGUCAAGUUAAAAUCGGAAGCUGCUGAUACUGAGGCAUCAGACAGUAAAAAUGACCUUGGUGCAAACCCUUUGAGCUCUGUGACACAGAGUAGUGCAGAUGUCGACAGAAAGCGUCUAGUGGCUUCUGGAAAUCAGUUACAAGUUCCUUCUCAGUGUCAACGCUCCAAUUCUUUAAGGGAAGAAUCACCUGAAGAACAGCAAAAGUUUCUCGGUAUGAUCGCUCAUGGCCAGCGCGGACGUAUAGAAGACCAGCGCUGCGUUUUGAGUCCUAGCGCAGAUCGGGAUUUUUUUUUAAACCUUUUGACACAAGCUCAAAGUGGAAGGCUGGAUGACCAGCGAGUAUCACUUUCAUCAUUACCAGUAUCACAGAAUGAAAAUGGUGACAAUAAAGGAGACUCAAGCUGCUUGUUUCAGAUGGUCUCAAAAGUCCAGGGUUCUAGGAUGGAUGACCAAAGGUGUUGCCUGCCUCAGCAUCAAAGCCCACAGGCCCUUAUUUAUGAAAAUAAUACAAAAUUAUCACCUGCUUUGGGUCCAGAGCGCUCAGCCUCCUUCAGCACAAACUCGCAUGUAAAUCCAAAGGCUAAAGAGAAACAGCGAAGUGCGUUAAAUGUUAAUCCUCAAGGAUUGCCCAGUUCCAAACUCACUCUAAGCACAAUGCCACAAGAUGAUGAAAAACUCUUCAGUUUGGUCGCAAACUCCCAGGCAAGACGACUCGAUGACCAGCGUAUGUUUCUUCCAUCAUUACCAGGAAUACAGAACGGAGGCACCACAUCAACAGUAACUCCUGCUGAAAUGGAUGCAAGAUAUUUAUGCUAUUUAGUUUCAAGAGUCCAGGGCUCAAGGAUGGAUGAACAAAGAUGCUCAGCACCCCAAAUCCUAAAAAAUUUGAACACCCCUUCAACUGAGUGCAAAAACCUAAUAAAUGAUGCAUCUGAUAAACCUCCUGAGAGUUCAGCUAUCUUUAAUGCUCCUCAACACUGGCAGGAUUUAUCUGCAGCUGAGCAGGAGCAAUUUUUUGAUAUGAUAAGACAUUCUCAAAGUGCGCGAAUGGAAGACCAACGAUGCUAUUUACAACCUUGCCGCAGUACAGCUACCACUCCAGUGCACAAUGGCGGCCCUUUGAAUAAUGGGCUCAUGGGGUCAAAACCUAUUGCAUUCGUCAACAGUAAGAACCCCAGUCAGGCAUUGUUACAAGAUCAACAUUCUCCAGGGACAAGUCGAAUAUCUGAAGCAAAGAAAAAUGCAUCACCACCAUAUAUUAUUGUGAAUGAAGGAACACCUGCUACAUCAAGGAAGUCCUUUCGCAGGAGUUCCUCUCAGCCCCAAAUUUUUGAUGCAGAAUCAAGCUCUACUUUGGCCUUACCCAAGUCUGCUUCAUUUACUCCUGAGACUGAAUUCAGGAUGGAUCAAAACUCUCAGGCACAGAUGACAUUGAAAGUAUCACUGAGUGUAACACCACAGCCAGGAAUAAAGAAUGACUAUCAAGUACCAGAAGUCUUUCUUACUCUUGGUGCUCCAGGAGACAACGUUGUGAUUCCUCUUAGUCCAGUAUUUGGAAGACCACUAUCUUUGGACUUAAACCUAGUCCCCAAAAAAGAUGCUAAAUCUAGGCAUAACUCUCCAAGAAUGGCAAGUCCAAGGAAAGCACAUUCACGGCCAUCAUCUCCCUACCGGGAAGAAGAGCGUCCUAUAACUGCAGGCCCAAAUCAGAAGGAGAAACUUUUGACCUGUUCUGUCAGUCCAAAUAAAGAAUGCUUCUUUAUGAAAAAGAACAUACACUCUGCCCAGAUGCACAAAGGGACAGAUCUAGGAAGAGAGAAAUGUCAAGGUGUUCAUAAAAAAGGAAGAGAGAGAGUAGAGCAAGGAAAGGGAGUUGGAAAGAAAGAUAAUAAAUAAGUCUGAUUGUACACUAUCUGUACAUAAAAAUAAUAGUUAAAUAUAAAAUGUCAGAAAAAAAGUUACACUUUGAAUGUAGUUUUUUUUUCAAGGGUUUGUUGGCUCCACUGCCCUUUAUUUGAAAGCAGGUCAACAGGAAGGAGGGUAAUGAGAGGGAGAAGGACGACAUGCAGCAAAUGUUGCCUGUCCAGGAAUUGAACUACCACCACGAGUACUAGGGCCUCCAUACGUGGGUCAUGCUUUGUCCCUGUGCCACCACAGCACCCCCUAGAAUGUAGUUUUUGUUUGCUUUGUCUUUAAAUGGUCAAAUAAUGUACAAGUCUUAAAUUAUUUAUUUUAGGGGUGCUGUGGCGGUGCAGCGGUUAAGCACAACACACAUACAGGGGCCUUAGCUCUCAGCAUGGCUGUUGCAGGUUCAAUUGCUAGCCUGGUGACCCUAGCCACAUGUCUUCCCCCUUCUCUCAUUUCCCACUUUCCUGUCAAUUCACUGUCAAAUAAAGGCUGCUAGAACCAUUAAAACCUUAUUUAUUUUUUUUAAUAUUGAUUUUAUGAGAUGUUUGUAAUUAAAAACUUAUGUAAAGUAUAUAAGUCUAUAUGUAUGUGUUUGUUGUAGCUUGUCUUUUGAGUUGUAGUGUAGAAAUCAUUGUUUUUCUGCCAUGUUUUCACUGUAAACAAGUACAUUUUCCUUUUUUGUAUAUUAAAGGAAUAAAAACGGUUGUGA